GAAAAUCUUGGCUAUGUUGAGCAGAGGAGUUCCCUUAAAAUGUUUAAGUUAGGUUUGUAAUACAAGGAAGACCUGCGUAGUAUUGAUGGGGCCUAAUUGAAUUUUAAAAUGCCAUUAAGUGGGAAACUCAUGAAGUUCUCUGCUCAGAUGACUGAAAAUAUUGUGUUUGUUUUCCUUUCAAUUUUUUUAUUUGGUGACUGAAUUUUUUUUUAAACAUUUUUAUUAUUUUUUAUUUCUUUCUUUGAUAUUGCAAUAUCUGAUCUACAAGUAGCUUAUUUGUUUAUAAGAAAAGGGAUUUGGCAGUUCAGUUCAUUCUAGACAAAUAUUUUCUGGCCUUUUUUUAAGUUGUUUGGUUUAAGUUCAAAGUUCUAAUGCGAAAUUUUAUGACAGCACUCCCCUUUCAAAAAACCAUUUGAAAAUUGCUGCAAAAAAGUAUGAUUUGAUGAGCAUUGCAAAUUUCAUCAACUAUUUGUCAAAAUUCAGUUGCACAUGACCAGGCCUCUCCACCUUAUCAUGCUCAUAUUUGAGAACUCACCUUGGGGGUUUCUUGUGUGUUUAAUAUUUAUUGUGAGUCAUGUAAAAUUAUCAUAUGACAAUAUUAUACAACCCAGAUUGGAAGCUCUGUUUCUUGUGGGGGAAAUUUCACAUGCCUGACUGCGAGAGUGUGCGCCUGAAAUCACACACUUUUAAGAUAUUUGUAUUGUUAAUGAUGCAAAAUGUAUUCAAAUAGGGACUUUGCGCUGCCAAUAUGGAAAAGUGCGCAGGUGGAAAACCUGAAUGCGCCGGUGUCAUAUGCGUUUCUGAAACCUUAUGCAUUUUGGUCCGGGUACUCAAACGCAUGGCAAUUUUGGUUAUGCAAAAUCAUACCCAAGCACUUAAACAAUAGGGUACCAAAACGAAUGGUGGAAUUUAGCAUGCAAAACGGUCCUGGUACAGAAACGCAUGACAAUUUUGCUUAUACAAAAACGUACCCAAGCUUUUAAAAAAACAGAGAACUGAAACGAAUGAAGGGAUUUAGCAUGCGACCUGGUCAGGGAACACAAAUGUUCUGAUUCAUAAUGUUCAGAAUGUAAAAAACAAUUGAACUAUUUCUAACAAAGGGGUAUUAACAGGAAGCGGUGCUGUGAUUUCCCUUGUUAAGUUUAUGCAAAAAAGUACAACAUUAAUGGCGACUCCAAAGUUUUCUUGAUUAAAAAGUGUGAAAUUUUAAACAAAAAAAGAAUUGUGUUCUAUUUGUUAAUUAUAAUGUAUCAUAAUAUCGCACUACGAUGAAAUCACUUGAUUUGAAACACAUUGUGUUUCACAAUGUUACACUUUUGCAUAGGGUACCAAAACGCGUAUGACACCGGCAAUAAAAGUUUCUAGCUCAAGGAAGAAGAAAUUAGAUUUUAAUUGAUAUAUACUCAACAUAAAAAUUUCAAUUUUUCAAAUUUAAGUCACAAUAUUUGCGUCAAGAUUCAAUUUUAUGAUUCAAUUCUGUGUAAUUCUCUAAGGGAUUAAACGUUUGUGGUCAGAUCGACUUUCGCAAAGCCAAAGACACCAAAAUUCUUUUGUUAUUGAUCGCUUGCUCAGUUGCUUAGCACCGAUCUUAGUUUGUUGCUGUUGUUGUUGGCGGGAAAGAACAUUUUGUUUACCCAAAACAUAGUUUCAAUGGUAAAAGUCAGAUGAGCAGUUGAAACCUUAUAAGAAUGACACAGGGAAUGAUGACCCUUUAAAGAAUUCGAGACCAAAGUCUAAAAUCCGCGUAUACCGAAUCCAAAUGCCAUAUAGUGACAUGCUCGAUAACUUUACUUAUGGACGCCAGAGUCGAAUUGGUUUUGGUCCCAGUACCUGCAUGACCAAAUCGACUUUUCAUCGAAGCAGGAAAGAAGAAGGAGAAAACGAAAGCUCACAGGAAUGGUCUGAUGGUUCUGUCUAUUCUGGUGAAUAUAAAGAUGGACAUCGACAUGGUCAUGGAGAAGCAAGAUGGCCGAAUGGAGAGAUAUAUAUUGGUGAAUUUAUAAAUGAUAAAAAGGAAGGUAAAGGAAGCUACUUUUGGCCUGAUGGAUCACAAUUUGAAGGCAGUUUCAAGGCAGACAAAAGAAAUGGAUAUGGAAAGUUGAAACUCGUCAGUGGAAAUGUGUUUGAGGGUAUUUAUGUGGAUGACGUGCGACAUGGACCAGGGAUUCUCAGCUACAUUGAGGAUGACACUCAGGAUGUGGGCCUCUGGAUCAACGAAAAAAUUUAUAGGAUCUGCAGUUACCUGCCACACUCUUUCACUUACAAAAAUUUUUCACGCCAUUCGAUCAAUGCAUCGCCGGAAAAAGGACGAAUACCCCAAGAAGGAAAAGCGGAGAAAAAUCGAAACAAUAAAAAAACAAUUUGGAAAAUUGACGAUGAAAUUUUACUCACCUUGCCAAAAGAAUUUCAGUAUGAAGACAUAUUGAACAAUAGGAGAUCGGAGUUUCGUCCAAAGGGCAAAUUGGAAAUCAUUUCAGAAAAAUUUAUCAAUUGUGCUCGAAAAAGAGACACCUUGGCUAUUGAGCAGAUGUUGAGGUCUGGAGAUGUGCACCCUGAUGUAACGGAUGCCACUGGCUUUGGCGCAAUGAUGGCUGCCUCUGUAAACUGCCACGCUGAUGUUAUCAACUGUUUGCUUGAUUAUGGUGCAAACGUUAACAUACUGAAUGCUGAAGGGUUAUCUCCACUAGCUGCCUGUCAUGUCCUUCUCUAUACCUAUCAAGAUUUUGUUGACAAUAUAGCUGAAAACAUUCCAAAGGAAAACACAUUUAAUAGUACAGAAUGGGACAAACAGCGUGGUUGCUUUAUUCACCGAAAUGACCGAAAAGCCAUUCUAGCAAUGCAUGGGGCCUUUCGCUCUUCAAGCAAUGAACUCAAAGGAAAAAAUCCUAGCAAAGCAUCUCUGCAUUCAGCCCAAGGCAUAAUAGUGAAUGAAAAAUGUCCUGAAGUAGACACCAUAACGGAUUCUUUUGGAGCGGAAGAUCGAAAAGACCAAGAUAAUCCGCAAGAAAACUGGAAACUAACUUAUUUUAAGCGGACGCUCAGCAGAGGUGAGGAGCUGGACAUGAUAAAUCGAAGCUUCAAAGAGCUGAAAGCCAGGCCUUUUGACUUUCAAAAUAUUUAUGAUGACUUAGACCCCGUGCCAUUGCCUGCGCUCGCUGCGGAGCAAGUUGCAAAAGAGGUUGGGGGCGAAAACGAAGCUGCCAAAAUGAGUAAGGAUAAUAUAUCAAACGAGAGUAUUUACUGCGGUGACAGUAGUUUUGGACAUGCGCCAGGAAUCGAGGCAAUCACUGGGGAUGCAAAAGAAAAACUGCUUAAUAGCGAGAGAAAGCCACAUCUGAAGUCAACCAUUAAAUUAUUGCUGGACCGAGGGGCCGACCCAAAUUCAUCUUCUGUGCCGAUGCCUGUAAUAUUUUUUGCUGUCAAAGCUGCGGAUAUCAAGGCUUGCGAGGCACUUCUCGCUAAAGGAGCUGAUACAUCCAUCAAAUUAGACGAGAAUCGUCUUUGCCUUGCACCACUUCAUAUAGCAGUGUCGCUGCCGUGCGCCGAAGGUGUCGACAUAACGAGGUUAUUAUUAGAGGCCAAUGCCGAUCCCGAUAUCGAAGAUAUGGCGUUCAAAGGAUCUGUAGGCGGAAGGACGCCUCUCCACAUUGUUUGCACGAGAGAGGACAACGAUAAGGAUGCACAGAGUGUUGCUUUGUAUUUGCUUAAGCACAAAGCAAAUCCGAAUUUGCUGUGUCAUGGCCAUUCGCCUUUGUCAUUGGCAAUCUGCAGUGGAAAUGAUUUUGUGGUCGAUGUACUCCUCAAGCAUACUGCCAAUCCAAAUUUGAAACUAGGGAAAGCCGUCGGAUCUGCACUUUGCGCAGCAACAACAUUUACUGCAGAAAGAAGGAGACAACCAAGUGAUAGAGUCAAAGUCAUUGACAAACUGGUGAAGGCAGGUGCCGACCUGUUGGCUCCUAUUCAUAUCUUGGACAAGUAUCCCCCUGGAACAGUUGUUGAUUAUGCUUAUCAUGUGUUCAAUCAGGAUCGAAGAAUAGCCCAUACCCCAUACCAUGCCCUCAGUGCACAUGAAAGAGCUUGUCACAACACACGGAAGGAAUUACUUGAACAUUUUGGCUAUUUGCUUCGCACUGCUGCGUUAAAAAGAGAAAGGAGCAUGCUUGAAGCUGAGCUUUUGAACAUCAACGAAGCAGCAAGGGUGGAUGAAAAUGUAGCCACAGCUGAUUUAGGUAAAAACAUUUCUGCAAAAAAUCCAUCUACAAAAAAAGAGACUAGUAAGAAGGUUUCCAGCGAGAACUCUGGAGACAGGUCACCCAAGCGUGAUCCCAACUGUGGACUGCCCUUUUCAAUCGUUAAAUCAAAUGAUGCGAAAACCCUUGCUGCCUUGGAGACAAAUGCAGCCAAUCAACGAAGACUUGAGGCGAAGAGGAGGUUCCGUUACUGUUAUGAGUGUGGUCGACUGCUCGGGGUGCGACUUGCAGCCUGUACACGUUGUAAGGAGGUAUUUUACUGCUCAAAAAACUGCAAAGUCAAAGCUUGGAACAUGCGACAUAAAGAAGAAUGUGCUCGUUUUUCAGGCCGACGUAGCAGAAACGCUGCCGAUGCGGAGGUGGCUGGCACAGCUACACCGACUACUGACGCUGAAUGCACUACUUUGCAGCCUGAAAGUCCUUCAAGAAGGAUUAGUGACCAAAUAACCGAAAAAUCAGUAAAGAAUGGUUUAGCAAAGACAGGACAUACUUUGUCUGUCAAAAGACAAGGGACUGCAUCGUCAAAAAUUGCUUCGUCCAAGGCACAUUCUGCAAAGACAAGCUCGCUUAAAUCAUCAUCUCAUCGCAUAAGGUCAUCGAUAGAAGUUUAUAAUGGAUCGAGCCACCCAAAAAGCUAAAUUUUUAUUUAUAGUGUGUUUUGUAAAUGGAAGCGUGAAACAGUCUGCUUUUUCUUAUAUGAAAUUCAUUUGUGAAAACGUGUUCUUUGUUCUCUUUGGUUGCCUCAGUUCCUGAACGUUUCAAUUCUUGUUGUUUGUUUUGUGUUGUAUAAUGAACAGAAGUGAAAAUUUUUAUCUAAAAAUUGCCAAAUUGAUCCCACAGUCAUCAAUAUAUUUAUACAUUUGAUUUAUUUGACGAUAAGGUCAAUGCAAACUGAGACUUGAAAUGCCUCGUUCCAAUAUCUUGAAACCUGGACGUCUUGAUUGCGUUAACACCCUCUCCCCCUAUGUCCGAAUUCAUCCGGAUUCACCAAACCCCCCUUUCCCCCUUCAUAAUUGACGUCCUUUGUGAAUGACCCCUUAGUGCGCAUAAGUGAAAAGGUUAUUUUGCUCGAUGUAUGACGUAUAACAUAUUUAUCCUAAGGAAGAAUAAUUUAGAUAUAAACUAACCAUCUGAGCAUGGCUACAUACAGAAGUGUCUUUUUGCCAAAUGCUAUAAAAUGUGACUUGAUAAAAUGUUUGAUGAUAUUAUGUAUGGGCGCAGCAGAUGGUACACGUUAGGGGGGGGGGGGCUUAGUAUCAAGCUUGCCCGAGUAUUAUCACUUCAUUGGGGUUCAAUUGCCCAACGGAGUCUGGAUUAGAUAAUUUGUUCUUGAUUAGAGGGGGUAUAGGCCUCCCGACACCUAGAAUUAUUUGAUGCGGACGGAUAGUUGUGCUACAAAACCCCUCUCAAUUAAUCGCUGUGCCAUUAACAAUAUUUAUUGCUUAGUAUUACUGUAAUGGGCUAUUAGCAUUGUUUUACUCUCUGUAUUUCACAAGCUAUACUGAGUCUUUCUCUAUUCUGUGCUUGCGUGGAAGAUCACUUCCAUUUUCAAUACCCUCAAUAUCCCAUUUUCUUGUAACAU